AUGCUCGCCCCGAUCCUAUCGCAAGGGCCACAAGCUUCUUACAACUGCUAUGCUCAUGUAGACGGCCCCAUGUAUGACCCGAGCAUCUUCGUGCGGCCUAUGGAUGCGGACAAUCAUCUCCACCUAGGCGCUAUAUCACCACAGACACCCAGCCCAGUCACCCUUUACGAACACGUAUCCGUAUUGAACGAUCUGGAUUAUCACCAGUACGAUGAUUCGUGGUUUGAUGAAAUCCACAUGUUAGAUGGAGUUGAGUUCGAAGUUAGUGCUGCGGGUUUUCCACCGGAGAGAUGGGUUGUACCAAACUCCACAAACAUGGUGCCAACAGCGCAGGUACCAUGGUCUCUUUAUGACCUCCCGGAUCUACUGCAAUACAAGCUAGACGAAUCAGUAUCACAUCUCGGCGGGAUGGCCUCUUCAGCCCAGUACCAAUUCGGAAAUGACCUGGACUCAAUUCAACCUGAAUCGACGUUUUACAUACCUACUGUCACCGACAUGACGGUCCCUACAUCAGCACCGUUUUUGUACGACUUGAAUGCAGCGACAAGUUAUGCACCAGUCUGGGAGGGCUGA